AUGAAGGGUAUUAUUCUGUCUAGCCUAGUGCUUGGCGCCCUCGGCUUCCCCGCCGACAGCCACAUCGUUCACGAGAAGCGGACUACGCCUCGCCAGCACUAUGUCCGUGGUGAGCCUGCCGAUGCUCUUACGAAACUCCCUGUGCAGUUCGCUCUCAAGCAAAGCAACAUCGAAGAGGGCACGCAGCGUCUCUACGACAUCUCCAACCCCAAGUCCCCCGACUACGGCAAGCACAUGACGGCUCAGGAAGCCAUCGACUAUUAUGCUGCAGAUAGCCAAACCAUCAAGACAGUCACUGACUGGCUCGUUAAGGCUGGUGUUCCUUCGAAGGACAUUGUCCUGGACAAGUCCCGCACAUAUAUCAACAUCGAUUCCACUGUUGGAAAAAUGGAGAAGGUCCUUCAGACUAGAUACCACGUCUACCAGAGCAAAAUCACUGGCAGAGACCACAUUGGUGUCGAGGAAUACAGUCUGCCAACAGAGAUUGCCUCGUUCGUUGACUUUGUGUACCCUGCUGUCAGCCUUGGCCAAGUGCAGCGCCGCGAUGCCCCUGCAUCGGUCAAGGGUGCUGCUGACAAGUACGCUGUCACGGAGCCUCUCCGACCACUCGCUCAAGGUGUCAUUGACAGACUGAACUCUAACAAGUCAGUCGGCUGUGACGAGGUCAUCACCCCCCAAUGCAUUCGGGACAUGUACAAGAUCCCUUUGGAGAAUAACCCUGAAUAUGUCAACUCUCUUGGCAUCUGGGAGACUGAAGAUACUUUUGACCAGGAGGAUCUUGAUAUUUUUAUUGAAAAAUACGCCCAUAACGUUCCCAAAGGAACCAAGCCCCAGUUGGCUCUCAUCAACGGUGCUACCGCCCCUGUCCGCCAGGAGGACGGUGGCGGCGAGUCUCUUCUGGACCUGGACAUGGCCUAUCCCAUAAUCCAGCCGCAGAACGUUGUGAUUUUCCAGAACAAGCCUCUGAGAAAUGCAUUCAGCCAGUUCUUCGCUGACUGGGCAAGUGCUGUCGACAAGGACUUUUGCAAGACGGACCCCAACUACGACCGCAGACUAAUGUGCGGCAAGUAUCAGCCUUCGAACGUCAUGUCUGUCUCUUACGGCGACGCCGAGAUGGACGAGCCCGUUCCUGUUGUCCAGCGUGUUUGCAACGAAUUCAUGAAGCUUGGAACUGUCGGUGUCACUAUUGUCGUUUCCAGCGGCGACACCGGUGUUGCCAGUCGCCAGAACCAGUGCGCUGGGCCUCACAACGACAUCUUUACACCCUCCUUCUUGGCUGUCUGCCCCUUUGUCACUGCUGUUGGCUCUACCGUACUUCCUAAAGGUAGAAAGGUCGGCGACGCUGAAGUUGUCACCACCAGCUUUUCGCCUGGAGGUGGCUUCUCCAACAUUUUCCCCCGUCCCAAGUACCAGAACGAUGCCGUUUCCAACUAUCUCCUCCGCCACAACCCUAAUUACUUCUCUUACGAGACGUCCAAUGGUACUAUCCCUACCGACACCCGCGGUAUUUACAACCGUGCUGGUAGGGCCUAUCCCGAUGUUGCGGCUCUUGGCGACAACGGUCUCGUCGUUGCUCAAGGCAACGCCACCCUCAGCGGCGGUACUUCUAUGUCCGCUCCCAUUGUUGCUUCGAUCUUCAAUCGCAUCAACGAUGUUCGCAUGAAUGCUGGCAAGGGCCCUAUUGGCUUCGCCAAUCCCGCCCUUUACGAUGCAGCCAGCAUUGAUGGCUUCUACAACGAUGUCACCGAGGGCGACCAGUCUCUGGGUGGUAUUUUCAGCGAUCGUGGCUUCAGUGCUUGCGGUAACAACGGCUUCAGCGCUGUUCAGGGCUGGGACCCUGUGUCCGGCCUUGGUACACCCAACUAUGAGAAGUGGGUGAAAUACUUCCUCGAGCUAUAG